AAGAGAAGAACAAAAUGCAAACGCUUCUUGGUCAGCCAUGUAUGUAUAAGAUGAUAAGAUCAGUCCUAGGAGACAAUCUUGUAUCGUGGUCUGCAAAGAGACAACCAACGGUGAUAAAGUCUAGUGCAGAGGGCGAGAAGCAGAGGCAGAAUAUAAGGGGUAGCUAAAGCUGUAGCUGAGGGGUGUUAGACAUGAAAUCUGCUGCUUGAAAUGGGACAGCCUCUUCGCCAAGCAACGCUGCAACGGUGGUGUUUUGUGAUAACAUAAUUGUAGUAUAUCUCUCUUCUAGUGGCGGAUCCAGGCUGUGUUUUAAGGAGGGUCAUAGUCUUUGGGCCAAAGUCCAGUUUAAAAAUAAAUGAAGGAAAAAUGAGCAUUUGUGAGGUUUGAACCCAGGAAAAAGUGUGUCAACGAUGAACUAUAUACACCAUUUGAACUACAAAAAUUCUCUUGUAUUCACAAGGAAAAUACUAAGUUAUAAAUUUAACCUGUAUCACAUGACACCCCAUCCCUCAAAGUAGGUCCGCCACUGCUCUUCUUCUAAUCCUGUUCAACAUAAACGAAUAAAGCAUAUAAAGACAGACAUUAGACAUACAUUUUGUUUGCGAAAAGGUACAAAUGGGAGCAGUUCGAGUCACCAUAUACCAGCUUACAGACAUUUUUACUAAAAGAUUUCCAUCAUUUCUCUUUACAAGCUUUCACGGCAGUUUGGGUGAGUAACCCAUGCUGCAACUGAGGGACUGGUACAAGAUGAUAAGAUCAACUGUAAUUAGUUUUGAUAUGAGAAGAUUACUCAACCGAGUCAAAAGGAAAUAUCCCACGAUCGAGUGAAUAGGAUAUAAUAUACCUCAUUGAUAGUACAACUGUCCGGUAGCUUUAGAAGCACAACAUUCACGUUCUGGGAUAACUGUCCAUACCUUGCAUAGCAUCUUUGCAGCAAUAAAUUUUUGAAGAUGGCUGAUCCAAACAGUCUUCCAAGUCACCAUUGUCGGCGAGCCCCUUCCGCGUAAGCAUAUUACAUGUGAGAAGUCUAUAAGUAAAACGACCAAACUAAGAUCGCACUAGUAGAAAAAACGAAGGAGAAACACAUAAACACAAAUUCAUGAAAAGAAAGGAAAAUCAUAAAAGUAAUUGAAAACACACAAUAUCUGGACUGAAAACACAAGGGUUAGAUCAUCUUUAAUCAUAUUUUAUUCUUUUCUGCAAACUCCAUUUGAAAUAAGAUAUUUUCAAUUCCACUUUUUUGCUUCAAGAAUGAAACAUUGUUGUAUCUUUUUAUAAUUCAUUAUUCAAUUUCUCGCUCUAAAAUGAAGUUAGGUCGGAGUAAAAUUCAUUUGAGUUUUGGAGUUAAUUCUUAUUUUAAAGACUAUAAUACAUUAGAGAAUAUUAAUUUAAACAAUAGAUUCCAUACAAAUGAGGAAUUAUAAAAAUCAAGGGCUUAUAGAAGAGAGUGGGGAGUCCGGAUUACAUGUAUCCCAACGAAUACAUUCUUAAAAAAUAAUAAUUACAAUAAUGUAAGUACUGUGUACUACAGUUUAACACCAUUUGUACUGCAUAAAAGACCUGCGUACAUACACAUAAACCAGACCAGACAUUAGGAAAAACUGAGACUUUGACUAUAUGACAACCUCUGCAUCCUUAAGAAGAAGAUGAAUCAGGUAAGAAUCUUUGGUUCUGUCGUAAGAUUCCUUUUCGUUUUUUUCUGUUUUCUUCUUUUUCUCUCAUACCGGUAUUGUACUGCAGAGCAGUGCCGGCUUAGAGCAUGUGCUCACAGCACAUUUGCACAGGGUCCUGUUUUUUCCUUUACAAAAUUAGGGCCCUAUUCUGUUAAGAAUUAUAAAUAUUAAGGUCCUAGGUUUCAAAUUAACUAUAAUAUAACUAAAGAUUGAAAAAUAAAUAAGGCAGCACAGGGCCUUUUUAAUAUUUGAGCCGGGCCUGCUGCAGAGCCCAUGAUAUUAUACUACUGGAGUACUGUUCCCCACUCCGGCCAACUUGCUGUGAGCUGUGAAUCUUUGAGAUUGUCUUUAUUUUUAUUUUUACUAUUAUCUUCUAAUAUAUUUAAGUUUACAUUUUGCUUGUACAUAUGAGACUGCCUUUGGAGUGCUUUAUUUUUAGAGAAUAUAGUUUGUGGGGGCUUAAUUGCAUUGUUAUUUAUUCUCAUAGAUACUACUUAUGGGGGUUGACUUGGGCUAAUUCCAAUGUAUAUCUCUAUUAUAUAUACACACCUACAUACAUAUAUCAUAUCGUCAUUCAAGAUCAUCUUGUUAACUUGAUUAGGGUUUAGAGGUUGAUUAAUUAGGUUGAGUAUAAACUAAGACCAUCUCGUUUAAUAGAAGAGAGAUCGAAGCCUCUUUGUUGUUGCCGUAUUUGUUUCUCUUUCCGUUGGUGCGUAUGGACAAUCAUCAGACUUUAGCAGCCAGUUUACUAGACGAUCUCUUGCAUAUCCCUGCAGAAACUAUCGGUGCGUCCGGAGAGAAGAACGAUACGUGCCUAGCUCAAUCAGAAAGUAAAGGGAAGGAAGUAGUAGUAGUAUUGCAUGAUCAAGAUGCUCAUGGCCCAAGUAGUGUAGCAAAGAAACAAGAACGUAGCGCCAAUGAGCGUCUAAGGAGGCUGAGACUUCAUGCCUCUUACCUCACUCUUGGCACUCUUCUUCCUGAUCAUUCUUCUUCCUCCAAGAAGAAAUGGUGUGCGCCGUCUAUAAUGGAUAGAGUGGUCACUUACAUUCCUAUGCUACAUAAUGAAGUUGAAGAGCUAACUCUCAGAAAUCAGAAGCUUGUAGAAGCGGUCCAGAGCAAGAGAUUCAGGGAAUUAGAGCGACAAGAUCCUCACAUUCGUGCAAUCUCGGUUCUUGAAUUGGAGGGAUCAGGUGAUGAGGUUGUUGUGCAGAUAAGCAUGAAAAGGGUAAAAGCAGACGAGUUCUCGAACUUGCUUCACGUAAUGGAGAUGCAAGGUUUUUGUAUUUUAAGUGCGUCCACAUCUCUAGUGUGCCGAGACCAAAAGGUGGUUUGCUACAACUUCCAUGUUAAAAUUGAUGAGAAGCCAUCUGAAGGUGAAGACUACAUCACAGUGUUGAAGAACAACAUCAUCUCUACGCUCUCUUGACAAGACAAAAUACAAAUGAAAUUAAGUGAGAUGAAGACUAUGGAAUCACUUUACCGUGGAGUUCAACUCCUGUUGUAAUCACUUAAACCUUUUGGGCUUAUAAUAUAUUGUGUUAAAAAAAAAAAAAAAAAAAAAAGAAGACUAUGGAA